GCCUUUAUUGCGUCUGGAUAGUGGUGAAGGUGGCGACAUUGAUGACUUGGAACAUUUCACGGAAAUGUUGAAUCCCUAUUGCACAACUUCAAAUAAAUUUUAUUACGGAAAAAAGGAAAGGUAUAUUCCGAAAGCGGUUUUGGUAGUAAUGGGCAUAUUUUCAAUAUGUUUCAGUAUUGAUAAAUAUCAAAUAUUAAUGAAAGAAAUUGAAUCGAAAGAAUGUAAUGAUGUACUGGCAGAAUGCAACAAUAUACCUUUUAAUCAAACAUUUGUUCCACCAUUUUAUGAUUAUCUUCAAGAUUUUACAAUUUCUCCUCGUUAUGAUAUAUCUCUUUGUCUUAUUCCAAAAGUUGUGUCUACAAUCGGAACUGCCGCAAUAUGUUACAUACAAGAUCCGGAGGCUUUCACCAAAAACAACAGAACAAUAUCAACGGAAAUGUAUGGUGGAAGAUUUUGCGAAAACAAUGAAUUGAAAUCUUUUAAAAUGGUGCAACGCAGUUUGAAUUCUAACUUUGAUAAUAUAAUUUUCACACGAAAUCCCUAUGAUCGGUUCAUUUCAGGAUUUACCGAGAAGUGUGUAAAUAACACGGACACAAAUAUUUGUCACGGAUGUGGAACCGACAUCCGAUGUUUCUUGCAGAAAGAAUAUCGACGUUUAAUUAGAAUGAGUAUGCUAUUUCCUGUUUACACUGGAGCAGACACACAUUUUGCUCCUCAAACUUGGUACUGCGAUAUGAAAAACAACAUCAAGAACUCAACAGUAAUACAAUAUUCGAGUACGGGGACAGAAAAAAUAAAGAUGAUUGAUAAUUUAUUGACCGUUUUCAAAAAUAGAAAUGUACCAGAAGAAAAUCUGAACGAAGUCAGAGAAGAACUUUCAAAAGGAAAAACCCAGCACUCAACAUCUGGAACAUCUCUACGACUUAAAUAUGAAAAGCUUAUUGAAGAAGAUGGAGCUAUCAGGAGAGCUUUACAGAGAAUUUAUUACUAUGAUUUUUUAUAUCUUGGGUAUUCAAUGUAGACGGGUUAAACAAGUAACUAUGAUUGACAGAAAUCGGACAAUUUUCCCCGGUGUUGCAUUUCAAUUGUAUUUCCGUAUUCUGAUUGUUUCAACAUAAACUUUAUGUUU